AUGAUAUUCUCACUGCUGUAUUUACUCGCGCAAUUUGUGAUUCUCGUCGAUGCACAGAAUAAUUUCCAUCCGGAUUGCGCCGAUCCACACAACAAGGAGAUCUCUUGCUCGGUGCAUGUUGUGAGUUGUGAAGAGGAGUUAUUACUACCGGUGAAUGAUGGAGAUGAACCACCAGAAGCACACGACGUAAGAGUGGAACCAUUUGCGAGAGCGACGAAGCACAAACAUCAAUUACAUGUCGACAUUUCAUGGCAAAUGCCACCAAGCAAUAAUUCUUUCCGAAUUCGAGCCUUUGAAUUGGAAGUUGAAAGUGGUGAUGGAGGGGAAAAUCGAUGUUUUCUCUUUAAUGUCUCGAAUUUUGGAUGGACUGAGGAUUCGGCAUCGCCUCGAUUCCAUUUUUCAUCUGAAAGCCUUUUCGAAUUUUCUCACGUUUACUCGAUCCAUCUUCGAUCUCUUCCAAUGAGUAAAAAUAAGAAAUCUCAAGUCUCUCGCAAUGCAACAAUGCCCUCAAAUCCAGAUUUGGAGCAAGAUGAUCGGACAAAUAUUACAGCUUGGUGCAAAAAGCAUUCUGACCCACAAGCAUCAAAAUGGACAGCCGCUUUUCGGAGAAUAUUUCUGCACUCACUUGCAAGAACAAUCCAGGUGGAAUUCGUUGGCGCACCUCAACAAUAUUGCUUCGAAGCGUAUGAAGUGAGAUUGAAAGAUGAAUCGGGAAUGGAGCUGGCACACAGUCAUAUCGUUGAGGCAAAGGAUAUGAAAAACGAGACAAUCGGCGGGAAAGUAAUGUUUUUUGGAGAGUACAACUUCACUGGAUUAGAGGUUGAGACGGACUAUAUUCCAUCAGUGAUUCCCGUCGAAAGAUCGUCGGAUAGACGCUGCUUGUGCCCAACGCAGAAUGAAAAUCCGUACGACAAUCAAAUUGUGUGCAGUUGUAUUGCAGCUGAUUGGAAAAAAGUUCGCUUGGCCAGAAUCGACAAAUUACCCAGUUCACCUUGUCCUGAAUGCGUCAAAAAUGGAACACUUGACAAUAAACCACCGAAAAGUGAUCACAAGACUCUUUCUGUAUUGAUUGUUGUGGCUGUACUGGCAUUGAUCCUUCUUGUUCUUGUUUAUUAUCUUUUCGUCUUUUACAGAAGACAACGAAGACGUGGAAAAGCUCUGCGAUUUCAUUUCAAAAACGUUGACAACAAUGUUAUUGGAACCGCUGAACCAAAUCAACCGCUUAUCUAUAAUUCUUGUCUCUCUGUGUUGAUCGUUUAUUCACAUGAUUGUGCUUUUCACGAAGCAGCAAUCCAUGCUUUUGCUGAAGUACUUCGAGAUACUUUUGGACUUCAAGUACAUAUCGAUCAAUGGGAUCAAGAAGCGAUCGAAGAGAAUGUCAACACUUAUAUAAACUCGAGUAUUGUCAAAGCUGAUAAGGUGAUAAUCGUGAAUUCGAUUGGCGCGUAUAUGCGAACAAAAGCAAGACACCAAAAAAUGGAACCUCUUGAAAGGAUUCCCCAAGGACCGCUUGAUCGACUAUUUGAUCUGCAAAUUGAUUUAGCGUUACAACAUGCUCGAGUGAUAUCCGUUCGUUUCCCGUACACUCAAUCAUCAUGUACACUGUAUGCAUUAUCACCGCUGCUACAGUACACAAUUCCCGAUAAUCUUGGCCUCUUGGUUUCAUCGUUGACCGAAUGCACUCUAAGAUCGGAUCCGCGUCUUUCCGGUUUUGAUCCAAAUCUCUCAAAAUUGAACGCAGCUGUGUCACGAAUGAAUCACUAUCAAGAAAGUGAUCCAUCAUGGUUCGAGAAAAGUCAUCAUCGGAUUCAGCCAUAUUCGAUUACGAUGGAAAUGAAUCGAUUCAAUGAUUCGGGUCUUGGAGAUACAUUUAACAGUGAAAGAAAUAAAGCCCAAAUCAAUGGAAUGAGUAUAGAAGAAGUGGCGAAAGAAACGGAAACGACGUCACUUCUCAGCGAGCAACAAGCGAAUGUUCAUGAGGUAAUACCGGAGGAGCCAUCUGGUUGCUCAACGCCUCGACACGAGAUAUCGGAUUCAGCCUAUUUAUCGGGAAGAAUCGAUUCAGUGAUACCGACAGCGUGUACAUCGGAUGCAGAUAAUCGAUCAUCGGGAUCGGAUCGACCUGACGAUCCAAUCAUUUCAUUGGAGAAUUCUUCAAAAAAGACGGUGCUUCAAAAUGUUCCUUUAUCGAUGAAUGGAGAGAGAAUAGAAAACAUCGAAGCAGGGAAGAAAUUGAGGGAAAUCGGCGGGAAAGAUCCAGGAGGAGACUCGGGAAUGAUCACAUCGGAAUUUCAUCCAACAAUUCUUCAA